AUGGGCUGCAACAUGUGCGUGGUGCAGAAGCCGGAGGAGCAGCACCGGGUGAUGCUGCAGGUGAGCGGGAAGGAGGGGCCGCGGCGGGGGCCGGAGCCGUGCCGGGGGGCCCGCGGGGGGCCCAGGGAGCCGCUGGUGCUGCAGGUGCUGCGCCGCAGCAGACCCUCCCCGAACCCCCUGGGCACCACUGCGGAGGCCCUCCCGCCCUAUACGGGGCCCCUUAGACCCCCCCGGGACCCCCCAAGACCCCCUCGCCCCCCGCUCCCCCAUGACUAUUUUGACCCCACGGAUCUGGGGGAGCCCGAGCGCCCAGAGGAGCUGGAGUACGAGGAGGUGGAGCUGUACAAGGCCAGUCACCGGGACAAGCUGGGGCUCACCGUUUGCUACCGCACUGACGGGGAGGAGGACGCUGGCAUCUACGUGGGGGAGGUGAACCCCAACAGCAUCGCGGCCAAGGAUGGGCGCAUCCGCGAGGGCGACCGCAUCAUCCAGAUUAACGGGGUGGAGGUGCAAGACCGGGAGGAGGCCGUGGCCUUCCUCACCCGGGAGCAGCAAACCAACAUCUCCCUCCUCCUCGCCCGCCCCGAGAGCCAGCUUGGGACUCGCUGGAAGGACAGUGACCGCGAGGAUUUCCUCGACGACUUCGGCUCCGAUGAGGACGGGGAGCUGCGGCAAGCGGGGGCCCUGGACCCCCCCGGGGCAGGUAGGGGGGCAAAAUGGGGCGGGGGGGGGGCACCGCCCAGCCCGGCCACCCCCUGCCCGCGGGGCGCCGAGCCCGACAGCGGGGUGGGGCGCACGGACGAGAGCACCCGCAACGAGGAGAGCUCGGAGCACGACCUGCUGGGGGACGAGGGGGGCGAGGGGCCCCCCCCUCUGGCGCUGCUGGAGGAGGAGCUGCGGCACCUGGAGUUCAAGUGCCGGCACCUGCUGCGGGCGCAGAAGAUGGAGCGGCUGCGGGAGCGCUGCCUGCGCGCCUGGCUGGAGGCGGCGGGCGCCGAGCCGCCGCUGGCCGACAUCUCGGAGGCGCCCGAGCGGGACAGCACCAGCGCCUACAACACCGGGGAGAGCUGCCGCAGCUCGCCGCCGCUGCGCGGGCUGGGGGGGCCGCCGCGGCCGGGCCGCGACCGGCUGCUGAAGGCGCGCGCCAUCAAGAUCCUGGAGGAGCGCGGCGGCGGCUCCACCACCGACGACGACGCGCGCAGCGAGCUCAAGACCGGGCGCUACUGGAGCCGCGAGCAGCGCAAGCAGCACCUGGCGCGCGCCCGCGCCCAGCGCCGCCGCCGCGAGCUGCUGCUGCAGAGCCGCGCCGAGGGCGGCGGCGGCGGCGGCGGGAGGAGGAGGAGGGGGCGGCCCCGCCGCAGGGGGCGCCGAGGCGGCGGCGCCGCCGCCACCGCCCCCUGGCGGCGGGGCCGGCGCGGCCUGCGCAAGCGCAGCCGCCGCAUCCUGGACAACUGGGUGACCAUCCAGGAGAUGUUGGCGCGCGGCACGCGGGCGGCCGACGGCGGCCGCGUCUACAACCCGCUGCUCUCCGUCACCACCGUCUGA